GAAAAAGCCCUUAACCUCCAUUCAAGAAACCUCCGCGCGCUCUCACGGUUUCACCUUCCUCGAUCGUUUAAACCCUAGCCCCGCCCGACGGUUGCGCGCGGACGGAUCUCCGGCUGAGAUUCUGGCGAGGCAUCGGCGGGCUUCGGCCGAUUCCAUCUCCGGCGACGAAGAGCGUCCAAGAUUCAUCGGGUUUUAUAUGAAUUAAAGCAGCAUGGUGCAAUUUAAAAAUAGAUAUAUGGUACUGGAAGUCUUUAUAGAUUCAAACAGAGACUUGGCUGACAAUGAUCCAAUAAUUAUUAGUGAUUUCAAUGUGUCAAAAGCAAUCAAAGAUAGCAUCCAAUUAAACUUUGGGGAGUGUGGUCUGGCCUUAGCACUUGGAUCAUUCCAAGUUAAAUAUGUGAACCCUACGACGAAGAUAUGCAUUAUCAGAACCUCUCGCGAGGAUCACAAAAAAGUAUGGUCUGCUAUUACAAUGGUUAGAAGCAUUGGAAAGUGCCCAGUAACAUUCAACUUACUGAACUUGAGUGGAAGCAUCAAAGCCUGUAAGAGGGCUGCCUUAAAGUGUGAUGAAGCAAAGUUUGAACAAUACAAGCUAAGUGCUGGAGAUCGUGUCACACCAGAGAUAACUCAUUAUGUAAAAGGUCGCUUUGAGAAAAUCAAAACUUUAGAAAACUAGAGGCAGGAGGUUGCCCAUCUGCACCAAUUCUGAGUGGAAUUUCCUGGAUUUGCAAAAGUUUUAUUGGCAAUGGUAUCUGCAGAGGGAAGAAGAAAGAUAAAAAGGAAAUGGAAGGAUCGGUUGCCAAAACAGGGAAAGAAGAAAAGAAGGGCCACACGCUUUGCCUAAUGGAGUUCUAACAUUAGUUUGAGUGGCAAAAGUGCCGUGUCAGUGUUUACAAGAUUCUUCCAAUUGAAAAAGAAAUUGGAUUUAUAUGCACUUUUUUGUUGGUAUAUAUUUCGAUGAAGGCCUGUGAUAUGUCCC